UUUCCCACUGCAUUCUCAGUGGAGCAGCUUUUCUUCUCCACUGGAUUCCCAGAGGAAGAUUCCCAACAACACCACCACUGGACCUUCAGAGGAAAACUUCACCCUUCUACAGGAUCAUUGCUUCAACACAACCACACCUGUCAUACUGCAGGAGGACUGCAGCCCCCAUUUCCUGGGACUGCUGCCAGCAUCCUGACCCACAGGGUGUCAGGUCGUAUUCUGACUCAACAAGGAGCUGAAGAUGGAGACCAGGGAGGACAAAUCCCCGCAGCAGAGCCUCAUGGAAGAGGCCGUUUCGAGUGGUUCCACAGUGCUGGAAUCCAAUGGGGAGGAAAAGCCCCAGAGAUCCCGCAGGAAGAGGGGCUCCAAACCCAGCCCAGAGUGCUCUGAAGAGAAAAGACCCAGUCUGUGCCAGGAAGGUGGACAGAGCUUCAGCCAGAGCUCGAAGCUGGUGGUGAAUGAGCAGUUUCAUGACAGGGAGAAGCCCUACAAGUGCUUGGAGUGUGGGAAGAGCUUCAGCCGGAGCUCCAACCUGAUCCGCCACCAGAUGAUCCACACUGGGGAAUGGCCCUACAAGUGUGGGGAAUGUGGGAAGGGCUUCAGCUGCAGCUCUGAGCUGAUCCGCCACCAGAUGAUUCACACUGGGGAACGACCCUACAAGUGUCCUGAGUGUCAGAAGAGGUUUCGGAUCAGCUCCCAUCUCAUCCUGCACCAGCGGAUUCACACCGAGGAGAGGCCCUUCCGCUGCCCCGACUGCAGGAAGGGCUUCAAGCAAAACUCCCACCUCGUCAGCCACCGCCGCAUCCACACCGGGGAGAAGCCCUACGAGUGUCCCCAGUGUGGGAAGAACUUCUCCAGGAACUCUCACUUGACUGAACACCAACGGACACACCAGUAA